AUGUUAGCCGUACAAAAAGAGGAGAUUCCGGGGCUGGAGGACUUUCUGGCUCUGAGCCACCGCCGGAGUUUCAAUAAGCGCUCAACAGUGAUCAGUGCCGGGGCUGAAAGUCGAUCGAUCUAUUAUCUGACAAAGGGAUCGGUAACCGUUUCCAUUGAAGAUGAGGAAGGUAAUGAGAUGAUUAUUGCCUAUCUGAACGAAGGAUCGUUUUUUGGUGAAAUGGGGCUAUUUAACGAAGGUGCACGCAGUGCCUGGGUUAAAGCUAAAACGGACUGCGAAAUUGCUGAGGUCAGUUACAGCCGUUUUCAGGAACUGACUGAAAAGGAUAGCCGCUUGCUGUAUGCCCUGGGUAAGCAGCUAUCGGAGCGCCUGCGCAAGACAACUAUUAAGGUCGGCGAUCUGGCAUUUAUGGAUGUUACAGGACGUGUUGCCCGUACUCUGCUUGAUCUGU